AUGAGUGGUGAAAAAUUGAAAGAAUUAUUAAAGCAAGCAAGUUCUACUGAGGGUGUAAGUCGUGAAAAUAUUAUUGAUAUUCUAAAAGAAAUAUUAGCGCAAAAAUUUCCACAUGCACAUGAAGGGUGGGAGAAAAGCAAGUAUGGCGAACUUAGUGUUAAUCACUUAUUUUCAUUUCAAGAUGAACCUGUAAAAGAAUUGGAGAAAAGCGAACUUGAUAUAAAAGAAAACGAACUUGAUAUAGAUGAAGGAUAUGAGGAAGGCGAAUUUGGUAUUGAUCCACUGAAUCCUGAAGAUAUAAAUAUAAUAAGAUGGGAGAAAAUAAAAUGGGAGGAAGACGAAUUUGAUAACUUAUCUCCAUCUCAAUCUGAAUUGAUAAGUGAAGUGGCAGAAAAUGUAUUGAGUGAUAAUGACGAAUCUCCGGAAUUGCAAAAUGAGAAUACAGGUGAUGAAUUCUCAUUAUUAUACAUGGCUGCUUUUUAUGGCAUGUUAGAAUUAGUGGAUAUUCUAUUAAAAGCAGGUGCAGAUCCUAAUAUACCAGAUAAUAAUGGAAGUACUGAUUUACACAGGGCUGUUAAAAAUGGGCAUAGAGAGGUGGUACGCAUUCUAUUGGACAAAGGUGCAAAUGUUAAUGCUGCAGAUAUAUAUGGCAAUACUCCUUUGCAUUACGCCGCUCAACAUGGUGAUGAAGGAAUAAUAAAGAUUUUAUCAGCAAAAAGUGCAGAUAAUGCAUUAGAGAAUAUUGAAGGUAAAACUCCAAUAUCCUUAGCUAAAGAUGAUGAAACAAAGAAGUUUUUAAAGGAUGCAGAAAAUGAAAGUACUUACCUCACAGAUAUUGAAAUAGAAAAGUUAUGCAAAGCACAAGCUGAUGGUAAAACCCGUUACUAGACCUAUCCACUAGCAGCAUGAAAUUUCAUGCUGCAAUUACUCUCAUAGGUUUUGCAAGGUCUAUUGUUGUACAUGAUGAUUUCAGGUAUUAUGGGUUGAUAUUUAACUAUAAUCACCGCAUGUCAAAUGUAAUUACUAGAUUUGCUCCGUCACCAACUGGAUUUUUGCAUAUAGGAGGUGCUCGUACUGCUUUAUUUAGUUGGCUGUAUGCAAAACACCAUGGAGGUAAAUUUUUACUGCGCAUUGAAGACACUGACCAGAAACGUUCAAAAAAAGAAGCCAUUGAUGUAAUAACAAACGGUCUUAAAUGGCUUGGAAUAGAUCAUGAUGGAGAAAUAGUAUACCAAUCAGAAAGAAGAGAGCGGCAUAUAGAAGUAGCAAAUCGUUUAGUUGAAAUGGGUAAAGCAUACUAUUGUUACUGCCCGAUAGAUGAGGUUACAGAAGAAAAAGUACGGGCAAGAGAAGGAGGGAAAAUAUAUAAGCAUAAAUGUACUGCAAAUAUUGAUAAGAGCAUCAAACCAGUUGUGCGUUUUAAAGUAGAGGAGCAUUCGACACCAUCAGAAAUUGAGUUUCAAGAAAGGUCUAUCAUUGUCGAUGAUAAAGUAUACGGACAAGUUAAAAUUAGCAGUGCUCAGCUUGAUGACAUGAUAAUCUUACGUUCUGAUAACACCCCUACAUAUAUUUUUGCUGUGGUGGUUGAUGAUCAUGAUGCUGGAGUUACUCAUAUAAUACGAGGUUCUGAUCAUCUAACUAAUACUUUCAAACAACUAUUGAUAUACCAAGCUCUUAAUUUUAAUGUUCCCCACUUUGCACACGUGCCACUUAUUCAUGGGGAGGAUGGCAAUAAAUUAUCCAAAAGACAUUGUGCAACAAGUAUAUGUGAUUACGAAAAAAUGGGAAUAUUGCCUGAAGCAAUGCGUAACUAUUUACUCAGACUUGGUUGGAGUCAUGGCAAUGAUGAAAUCAUUGGUGAUGAACAAGCGUUAGAAUGGUUUAAUUUAGAUAGUAUUGGCCGCUCACCUGCACAAUUAGAUUUUAAAAAGUUGGAGCAUUUAAACAAUUAUUAUAUUAAUAAUACAAGUAAUGAAGAUAUUUUAAGUAUACUUACCCCAAAACUUAACCUUACUGAUAAAAAAAGGAACUACUUGCUUCAAGGACUAACAGAAUUAAAAAAGAGAGCAAAUAAUCUAAUUGAAUUAUUAGAUUCAGCUAAAUUUUAUACAGAGGAUUUACCUCUUUCUUUAAGUGAAGAAGCUCACAAAAUUAUUAUUGCUAAUUUAAGCACAAUCGACCUGCUUACUUCAUUUUUCUCGCAUAUUAACAAUGAAGAUUGGCACAAAAACUCCCUAUCCACUCAGAUCAAAAAAUUUGCAACAUUGCACGAUAUGAAAAUGAGUGAUAUUUACCACUCACUGCGUGCUCCCAUAACUGGAGUGAUGGAUGCGCCGGGAAUCAUUGAUAUAAUGGUAAUCCUUGGUAAAGAGGAAUGCAUAAAAAGGUUGCAAUAUUCUAAGCACUAUAUUUAAGAAAAACAUGUUUCCUGUAUUUGGCAUUGAACUAGAAUUUUAUAUCGAAGGAAUAGAAGCAGAUUUAUUUCUUAAUGAUAUUGAAAACAAAAUAGGUUUGUUUGGAUUUUCUUGCGAAAAAGAAAGUUCUCAACAUCAAUAUGAAGUAAAAAGUUGUUGUUAUACCAACUCCAACGAUCUAAUUAAACACUUUGAAUCUGUCAAAGAAAUACUUGCAGACACAGCACAUAAACUUGGUGGCAGUGUUUCUUUUAAAGCAAAGCCUUACUUGGAUAGAGCAGGUAGCGCUUUAAAUGUACAUGUUAAUUUAGUAGAUCUAGAUAAUAAUAAUUUAUUUUAUGCUUAUGAUAGUAAUCACCUGCUUUAUAGCAUUGGUGGGUUAUGUGCAAUGAUGAAAAAACAUAUGCCAUAUUUUGCUCCAAGCGAUGAUUCAUACUUAAGGUUCCGAUAUCCAGAUAUCAAUACACCAACUACAGUUAGCUGGGGUAUGAAUAAUAGAACCGCUGCGAUAAGAAUUCCCAACUUCGCUGGUAACUUCAAAAAAUGCCGCUUAGAGCACCGUGUUCCUGGUGCAGAUUGUACCCUGCAAGAAGUACUAAUGGCAAUAACGGAAGGUAUAAUUUUCGGCAUAAAGAACAAAAUUAUUCCACCAGAGAAAGUAUAUGGUAUCGCUUCUGAUUCUCAAUAUGGCAUGGAAAGAUUAAUAUAA